GCUUGAACUGUUUGUACAUCUGAGCGAUACUGCAGAACCAGGCCCUCCUUUGUUUACCGAAGAAAGCUCUGCUCCCCCGCCUGGUUGUUCACUGUUGACCGAAAUUAACGACAGGUGGCGAACAGUGCCCCUCCUAAGGUUGCUCGGAAUAAGUCAUCUAUUAAAUAGGUCUGCUUGUCAUGAGGGCGUGAAGGCUCCCAGAAGGAAAUGCUGCACCUGAGCCUGGAAGCCAGGGCCAUUAAACCCUGGGCUUGAUUUCUUCAGGGAGGUGGCAUUGUGUGAAGGGAAUAUGGCCCAAGUGGUGCUCCGCUGAGGAACAUCAGUUGGCUAGAAAGCCAUGCGUCCUGCGUUUGUCUGGAAUGGAUGGUAGAGAGAUGGACUUAUAUGAGGACUACCAGUCCCCGUUUGAUUUUGAUACGGGAGUGAACAAAAGCUAUCUCUACUUGUCUCCUACUGGAAAUUCAUCGCCACCUGGAUCACCUACUCUUCAGAAAUUUGGUCUGCUGAGAACAGACCCAGUCCCUGAGGAAGGAGAAGAUGUUGCUGCCACAGUCAAUGCCCCGGAGACCCUAUCAGAAGAGGAGCAAGAGGAGCUACGAAGAGAACUUGCAAAGGUAGAAGAAGAAAUCCAAACCCUGUCUCAAGUGUUAGCAGCAAAAGAGAAGCAUCUAGCAGAGAUCAAGCGGAAACUUGGGAUCAAUUCACUACAGGAACUAAAACAGAAUAUUGCCAAAGGAUGGCAAGAUGUGACAGCAACAUCUGCAUACAAGAAGACAUCUGAAACUUUGUCCCAGGCUGGACAGAAGGCUUCAGCUGCUUUUUCAUCUGUAGGCUCAGUCAUCACCAAAAAGCUGGAAGACGUAAAAUUGCAAGCCUUUUCACAUUCCUUUAGUAUACGCUCCAUUCAGCAUUCAAUUAGCAUGCCUGCUAUGAGAAACUCCCCUACUUUCAAAUCCUUUGAAGAAAAGGUCGAAAACUUAAAGUCUAAAGUAGGGGGAACCAAGCCUGCUGGCGGUGAUUUUGGAGAAGUCUUGAAUUCAGCUGCAAAUGCAAGUGCCACCUCCACGGAGCCUCUUCCAGAACAGACAAAGGAGAGCCUGUGAGAUUCCUACCUUUGUUCUGCUACCCACUGCCAGAUGCUGCAAGCAAGAUCCAAGCACAUCAUGUCAACACUCAUUGCCGUGAAUUUCUACCAGAUGUGCUUUUAUUUAGCUUUACAUAUUCCUUUGACCAAGUAGUUUGUGGGUUAAACAAAGUGAAAAUAUCUUCACCUCUCUCUUCCUGGGGAAACACCCUCUAAUGUGCACUUAAGGCCCUUUAUUUAGGAUACACUAUUAUAAAAAUACUUGUAGUACCUGGGGACACUCACUAGAAUGAUCUCAUAAGAAGCUGCAGUUUAUCAUAGUUGCUUUCCUACUUUAUGAAAUUGCUCUGGAUCUGGGAUACCAGUUUGAUCUUUUCUUUUUUCUUCUUUGAAUCUCUGUAUGUUUGAUUCCUAACUAAAAUUGUUCUUUUAAAUUUUCUGAGUCCUGUUUAUUAAAAGUUUUGGUAUCAUUUUCUUUACCUUCAAGGCAAGAAGUGCCAGCUACAAAAAGAUAUUUUUAAAUAAACAUUGUUUUGGUUUAAGGUACAUAUCUUGUGUAUAUGAAAACACCAGAUUAAAGUAAGCAGCUCUA